AUGAAAUUCUUCGCUGUAUUUGCCGUUGUUGCUGCCUUGGCUACCUGCCAGGCGAACACUAUCCAACAACUACCAACCAACACUGGUCUCCAACAGGAUUUUGAGGAUUUCCUGGCUUUGGUUCCUGUUGAUGACCUCGUGAAACUCGGAGUUGACUACCUGAUGAAUGACAAGGAAUUCCAGGCCACAUUUGCUUAUCUUCAGGGUACCGAGUUUGCCAAGGUCUGGGAAAAAUUCUUCAAGGUCAAGGAGGUCAAGGAAGUACUGAAGUUCGUCGAAGACGCUGGUCUCGAUGUCUUUGCUUUCCUGAAUGAGUUCGGUCAUUUCUUCAAUCUGCCUCCAGUCAAUCCCAUCCACAGUCGCCGUGGUACAGGACUCACCGGUUUCGUCAAUGAUGCUCUAGCUCUCCUGCCCAAGGACAAACUUGUCGCUCUCUUUGAGGAGAAACUCCAGACCAGUCCUGAAUUCAAGGCUCUGUACGAAAAACUCACCAGUGCUGAAUUCAACACACUUGCCCAGAAUUUCCUGAACUCCAAGGAAGUUCAAGGAUACUUCCAAACCUUGAAGGAGCAUGGUGUUGAUGUUGUCAAGGUAUUCCAACUUGUCAAGGAAUUCUUCGGCUGGCAUUACCCAAAUAUGAAAUUCUUCGCUGUAUUUGCCGUUGUUGCUGCCUUGGCUACCUGCCAGGCGAACACUAUCCAACAACUGCCAACCAACACUGGUCUCCAACAAGAUUUUGAGGAUUUCCUGGCUUUGGUUCCUGUUGAUGACCUCGUGAAACUCGGAGUUGACUACCUGAUGAAUGACAAGGAAUUCCAGGCCACAUUUGCUUAUCUUCAGGGUACUGAGUUUGCCAAGGUCUGGGAGAAAUUCUUCAAGGUCAAGGAGGUCAAGGAAGUACUGAAAUUCGUCGAAGACGCUGGGCUCGAUGUCUUUGCUUUCCUCAAUGAGUUCGGUCAUUUCUUCAAUCUGCCUCCAGUCAAUCCCAUCCACAGUCGCCGUGGUACAGGCCUUACCGGUUUCGUCAAUGACGCCUUAGCUCUCCUGCCCAAGGAUAAACUCGUCGCUCUCUUCGAGGAGAAGCUCCAGACCAGUCCUGAAUUCAAGGCUCUAUACGACAAACUCACCAGCGCUGAAUUCAACACACUUGCCCAGAAUUUCCUGAACUCCAAGGAAGUUCAAGGAUACUUCCAAACCUUGAAGGAGCAUGGUGUUGAUGUUGUCAAGGUAUUCCAACUUGUCAAGGAAUUCUUCGGUUGGCAUUAA